GAGAUUUUUAGUAAGUGCCUUUCUUUACACUGGUGUUCUUGAGGGUGAGGUGGGUUGUAUGUCGUGGUAGAUGAGCCCAUAGCCAGGAGAUGUGAUCAGGGCGUUAAGUGUGUUUAUUCUCUUUCCUGGCUAUCUGCUAUGCACAUUUCUUCAAUGUGUACGAAUAAAGCUGGAACUGUGAAGAACCUGUGUUCUAAUAAAGCCAGUCAGAAGAGGCGGGCACUGCUGCCACCAGUGGAUGCUCCCGUUGGUGCCUGUGGAGGCAGAAGUCCUUCAGACACGCCCCUCUGUUGCCUCACUUGGCUUUGUCUUUUGAGGCAGGGUCUCAUACCGCUGAAGCUGACUUCAAUCUUGCUAUGUUGCCACGGACUACCUUGAAGUCUUGAUUAUCCUGGUUGUCUACCAGGUACAGGGAUCACAUACAUGCCCCACCACACUUUGUUUUUAAGAUAGGCUGUCACUACUUAGCUCAGGUUGGCCCCCAGCUCAAAAUUCCCAUCUCCUCACUACUUCAGUUUUAAAAAUAAAUUUUGGAGGAUUGCAUAUAUUUUAAUCACAUCUACUCCCAAGUCUUCCUCUCAACUCCUCCCUUAUCUGUUUCUACCUCCCUACUCCCAACUUCCCGUCUUUCUUUUUUCACUUUUAAUACCCAUUGAUUCCAAAUUGUGCUGUCACAGUUCUGGGUGUUGGGCCAUCCGCUGGAGUGUAGUCAACUCUUUAAAAAGGUGGAGCCACAACCUUAAAAACAACAACAACUUGAUUCUCCCUCCCCCGAAGCUAUCGACUGUCCAUAGCUCCUGAGUUAGGGGUGGGGCUCAAGGACCACAUCCCAGUCUAUUUUAGAAGUUAGGAUCACAAUGUGCAGGCCCCUCUUGGACAACCCGGCUGCUGGGAGUCUGAGUUCAGGGAUCCUGUCACGUCAAGAAAGCACUUGAGCUUUGAUGCUCCCAGACCCUUGGGUCUUCAUCUUUUUUCCAGGUUUUCCAGUCCCUGAGCCUUGGGGUGGUAAUGGUGAUGCAGAUGUCCCCUUUGUGGCUGAGCACGCCCCAGGCACAGGUUUCAGACACUGUGACAGCCGUUCCUUGUUAACCACCAUCUACUGGGCAAAGAAACUAAUGAUGAGCUCUGUGAACGGCAUGAAUCUGUGAGUAGAGAGAGAGAAAUUUAGAGAGCAGUUGGAUGCUACGUCCACUUAGCAAAAGUAGUAAUUGUUUAGUUGUUUUUGGCCGGAUUUGUAGCAACCAGGUGGGUUCCACCGCCUGUGGAGCAAACCUUAAAAACCAACCAGGAAGAGUUUGAUCACCUUCUCACGUUCAUGCUACCAUAGCACCCACGGGCAUAGUCUGCCAUGCUGGUAAUUAUUGGAGUUCACAGGGUUCAGAGCUGGGUAAAACUGCUGACGACGCUGCCCUUCAGCAGUCUGCAUAGCACCUUCUAGUAGUACAUGGGGAGCUAGCCUGGCCAGCUCCAACUUGAUUUCUCCCUGUUCUGGGAUGAAGACGUGCAGUGUCUUCAGCAACAGCUUUACCGUCAAGUUCCGAUGGGCAAACAAGAAUAAGGACAAUAGUCUGUAUUGUGCCAGGGGUCUCCAGGUCACCUCUGACCGACAACUUGAGGGAAGGUGUCCCACACCCGGCAUUGGGCAUUUUCUCCACAACCCAUGGCUUAUCAGAUGAGCACAAUCCACUCUAUAGAGAAAUUCCAAUUAAAACUUGAAUAUGAACCCUCACUUUUCUACUCUCUAUUUUCAAGUAAAAAACUUCAAGGCAUAUUCUACUUGUACUGAGAGUGCCUAUAGCCCCCCAACAGGAAGAAUAAGAAGCUCCAGCAAUUGUCUCCCCAAUAGCUCCGUCUGUCUUUCAGGUUUCUCCUCUAGGUGAGGCAGGACAUGAAUAUGACAAGUCUGUUGGUUGAAGAUGGGACCUCAGUAGCCUCAUUUGUUCUGUUCAUCCAGAUGCAGGUUUUAUACUGAAGAGUGAACCUGCAGCCUUGGCAUGCUAGGCAAGCACUGUUAUGAUUUACGUUUAUAAAAUGGUAUGAUUUAAGUUUGCAAAGCAGUUCCUUAAACUUGGCAUUGGUUAGCAGUUUGCUUUCGCAAGUGGGAAACCACAUCAGCAACGUGAUACUGGAUUGCCCAAGAUAAAGGUUACUCAGGACUCCUGAGGGUUCUUAAAGGUCGCUGGCCGUGCUCUACAAUUUGCUACAUUGUUUUUGAAAGGAACUGAAAGUAGCAAUAGCCGUAGAGAAUGGCAUUUCAGACAAGAAUCCCCUGAACUGUCAGCAGAAUUGAGUUUCAGUGUGUAGAGUAAGACCUCACCUGGAUUAGAUUGCCUUUGAGGCACCUACUGAAUUUUUAGGAUUCUCCCUACAGUGGCUAGUAAGGUUGAGUUUUAAGUGACUCCAAGGUGCACCACCUAUGACAUUGAGGAAGAUUUAAAUUAACAGUCAAACGACAUAAAAGAGGGUCAGUCCUGGUGGCGACGGUGCUUGCAAAAACCUCACCAUUCAGGGAGAAGCAGAGGUUCAGGUGUUUGAGGUCAGCUUGUUCUACAUGGUGAGCUCAAGACUGGCCUGGGCUCCAUAAGACCCCGAUUCCAACAGAAAGUUUCUGUUAGCAAACAACAGAGAAAACUGUGGCACCUGCCCCGGUUUUAGUAAUGUGUAGGCUAGCCUCGAACUGAUUAUUAGAUGAGUGGACCCACUUAAUUGCCGAACACUUCGUGUUAGGUGGUGUUAAGUUUGAUUCUGAAGUGGGUGGACAAAUUCUGGGGAUUUUCGCUGAAGACAAAACAAACAAACAAACAAAAAACCCCAAGUAUUUGUGUGGGGUUAAGUGCUAUGCCCAGGCACACUCUGCAACCACGAGAAGGGAUGGUAGGUAUCCCGGAUAAAACUUCUCAGAUUGUUUUUGUAAGGCGGGUGACUGACGACAGAAGUAGCCAAGGACAGACCUGCCACCAGUGUCACAAACAACUUUAUGUCCAUUUGCAAAGGCAAUCAAUCGCCUUCCUUCCUAGAGAUUACAAAAUUGGAGUGCGGAUACUAAAAGCUGUUUUCAAGUGUCAAGUAUGAAGCAUUCAGAAGUGGUGAAUAUCAAGGGGCGGGAGGCGCUGGCGGGCUUGGGGCUCCCAACUCCCACAGGCUAAGGGGACCGCUGGAGACGGUGAGGUAGAGCAGCUGUGGCCAGCUGUGGCGUCCCCUCUGAGGCACACACCUUCUCCACGCCCUCAGCGGUCCGCUGGUGGUCAGGCACCUGCCCUAAGUCCUCCUACGCCGCGGGCAUGCCCGGCGCCAAGGUGGUGGGCGGGGCUAUCCUCGACCCGCCCCCUGACCCGCGAGCGUGCGCAAAGGGCCAGAGGUGAGAGGUCGCGCAGGCGUCAUGGCGGCGCUGGGAGGCUCCCAUGCCGGGGCUGCAGGGAGCCGAUUCCUAAGAGCGCUUCUCUUCUCCAAGCCCUUUCGAAAGGCCAGCACGGAGAGUGGCUCCGAGAGCGCGGCCCGCGACUCCUCCGCUCCUCGGGCGCGCUCAGGCGGCUUCGCGAGCGCUCUGGAGCGAAUCUCGGAGCUGCAGCGGAAGGCGGAGCUCGGGCUGGAGUCUCCAAAAAAUGUGGAAUCCUUUGCUUCCAUGCUGCGACACUCUCCACUGACACAGCUGGGGCCCGCCAAGGACAAACUGGUCAUUGGACGGAUCUUUCAUAUUGUGGAGGAUGAUCUCUACAUAGAUUUUGGUGGCAAGUUUCACUGUGUGUGUAAAAGACCAGACGUGGAUGGCGAGAAGUACCAGAGGGGCACCAGGGUCCGACUGCGACUCCUGGAUCUUGAGCUAACAUCGAGGUUCCUGGGUGCAACCACAGAUACAACUAUACUAGAGGCUGAUGCAGUUCUCUUAGGACUCCAAGAGAGCAGAGACUCCAAAUCAAGAGAGGAACAACUCAACAAGUAAAUGAACUCCGCUUGCUUCAGUCAAAACAGGCUCUGUUCUGAGCCCAGAUAACUGUCAAGAAUGCAAUUAGAAAACUGUGAAUAAGUGAUUGAAUAAAGUUGUAAUAAAUGAAAACUCA